GACAGCUCCUGAUCUCUUGUCGAGGAGGAAAGCAUAUAAGCAAUGCUUUCAAGCGAGGCUUACUCUAGUCGAGCCCUGAUCCUGUCUUUGUGUGCAGGUAGUCAUCAUGCUACAACUUUCCGAGGCGGGUAUUAUUUCGACAACAAUGGAAGCUUUACUAUAUGGCUUCUCCCUGCUGAUGUUCAUCCUCACGUUAUGGAUUCUGACUCGAAAUCGCGAGCGGCGACGGCUAAAUCAUGGGAUGAUUAUCACUGCUUGUUCACUACAGUUUCUCGCUACCGCAGAGCUCACUGUCAACAUUGUCCGAGUUUGUCAAGGAUUAUUAAACAUCGGACCAAGCCUUCUCGGUGGACCACAACAAUAUUUUGACGAUGUAACUCAGCCAACCUUCAUCUUCAAGAGCUCAGUAUCCAAUCUUCAAGCGCUAAUUCUCGACGCUGUCGUCAUUUACCGCACUUACGUUGUCUGGCAAAGUUAUUAUGUCGUUGUUAUACCUAUUUUGGGUUGGUUUGCUCUGCUAACAUCAUGCAUUGGCACCAUUGUCGCACUAGCCAGCGCGGCAGGACAUGCGAAUAAUAUGUUCGCUGUACAGACUGCUCGUUGGAUUACCGCUAUCUACUCAACGACAUUAGCUACGAACUUGUCUUCUUCCAGCCUACUAGCGUACCGCAUAUGGCGAGUGAAUCGCGAUGCAGCAAAAUAUCGAGCGAGCAGCCAGCUCACACCAGUUCUCCGCGCCGUUAUUGAAUCAGGGGCAAUAUACUCCGUGACUAUAACCGCGGCGCUGAUACUAUUCGUCGUUAACUCACCCGGUAUCUAUGUGUUGUUGGACAUGGUCUCCCCAAUAAUUUCCAUCGUCUUCAACCUUCUUAUCCUUCGUGUGGGAUUUGCUACCAACAGACACUUACCAGUAAUCAGCAGUACAGUGCAACAAACCACGACAUUGACCACACCUCGAUUCCGACCAAAUACCAGACGCGAUAUGAAACCGUUAACUGUCGAGAUCACCCAGUUCUUUGAGUCGGACGCAGAAACUUCCUCUGUCAUUAGUUCCGAUAGAGAUACUACCAACAAGGUCGAAGGGCGGGAAGAAGAUACAGGAAAGAAUUGACGUUUCG